UCACCAAAUUAACCAGUCGUUGCUGUUUACCAGUAUCAAGAUUUUCUUCCCAUUAACAAUAAAUUUACGGUAACUACCAACAUGAUUAUCAUUGUGGGCCUGUUGGCUCUCGUUGCGUGUAGCAAUGCUCACACAGCAGCUUUCGCCCGUGGCAUGUACUGCCAAGGGGGACCAAAUCCUGGUCAAGACAAUCCCAACACGAACGAUGCCGUAGUUCCACUCUACAAUUUGCCCAGAUCCCAAUAUUGGUUUCAAGCCGACCGAGGCUGUGACAGAGUCCCACCUGCGCCUGGAGUGUUCCUUGAACUUCCCGCCGGCGGUAGUUUCACCGUCGAGCUAGCUCACAACCGAGCCCAGACAACGUUGUCCUACGACGGACAGUUUGUCUCAGAUUGGCCCGACGGCAACCAGCACCCCGAAGACUGGAAGGGUCCAGGUAAUCCUCCAGAUUGCAUCCAGGAUGAUGGGGCCAUGCAUACCAAUAACCAGAGCAUGGCUGCCGGAACGGCUUUCGCCAUUAGCUACAACUCCGCUAUCUCUGCCGUGACGAUGGAGAACUUGGUCGUUUUCUCAGUUCUGCCAAACACCCCAUGGAAACGUAUUGCCACCUACCAGGUUCCUCGCGACCUUCCACCUUGCCCUGCUGAUGGGUGCACUUGUGCCUGGCUUUGGGUUCCUAAGGGAUGCGGAGAGCCUAAUAUGUACAUGCAAGGAUUCAAAUGCAUGGUGACUGGGUCUACAUCAACCAGACGACUUGCUCCAGCCCAGCCUCCAAGAUACUGUCCCAACUUCAACGACUGUACCGGUGGUGCCAAGCAGAUGAUUGUGACCAGGCAGGCUGAAGGAAACAAUGUCGAGAUUCCUCAAAAUGACUUUGUGUCGUACAGCGCUGAUUGGGGAUUCUCACCAGGUGCCCAGAACGACAUCUUUGUCUAAGGAGCCACAGGGGUCGGCAGCCAGUAUAAAUUUUCAACCCCGCCUUUAGUGUAAACUAAUUAUCUUACAUUGGAAAUUAAUAAAAAAUUAUGCAUUAUUUAAA